CGGAAGGCGGUGACGGUAGCACGGGCAGUACUCCGUUCUAACUGAGCUGAGCUAGUUGGACUGAGGCCAACACCGUCGGUGACAUAAGAUCCAGCUUAGGCACUUGCACGCCCGUCGGAACGAACCUCAACAUCUCCCAUUCAAUCGUUCGGCAUCAUCCUUGUUCUAGGUUCAGUGUUCGAAUUUUCCAUCGAGACGCCCUUGCUGGUGUCAGUGUCUCCAGAUUAUCUCGUGGUACACGUGUUCCGUCGAGAGGAGCGGUCCUCUUAACCAUUCGCCAUGGCGCUCGACAAUUACUAUCGCAAUAAGAUCGAGAGCAUGAAGCUCGAGAUCAUCCAGGGUCAGGCUGUUUUACGGAGAUUGGAAGCACAGCGCAAUGAUUACAAUUCCCGGGUGCGGCUACUGAGAGAAGAGCUGGGCUUGCUCCAGCAACCGGGCUCUUACGUCGGUGAGGUGGUCAAGGUGAUGAGCACCAAGAAGGUUCUCGUCAAAGUACACCCCGAGGGGAAAUAUGUCGUGGAUAUUGCAGAUGGCGUCGACAUUGCGAAGCUCACCGUCGGCAAACGAGUCGCCCUUCUCUCCGAUUCUUACAAGCUGGAGAAGAUGCUGCCAUCGUCGGUGGACCCGCUCGUCUCGCUGAUGAUGGUCGAAAAGGUGCCCGACAGCACUUACGACAUGAUCGGUGGUCUCGACCAGCAGAUCCAAGAAAUCAAGGAGGUCAUCGAGCUUGGACUGAAGCACCCCGAGCUGUUUGAGUCUCUUGGUAUUGCACAGCCCAAGGGUGUGCUACUCUACGGCCCGCCUGGAACCGGUAAAACCCUUCUUGCCCGAGCGGUGGCCCAUCACACCGACUGCCGAUUCAUCCGAGUAAGCGGCUCGGAGUUGGUGCAGAAGUACAUCGGUGAAGGCAGUCGGAUGGUUCGCGAGCUGUUCGUAAUGGCUCGAGAGCAUGCCCCCAGCAUUAUAUUCAUGGAUGAGAUCGACAGUAUCGGAUCCAGUCGGAUAGAUUCAGCAGGGGGUGGUGACUCCGAGGUUCAACGCACGAUGCUGGAACUUCUCAACCAGCUGGAUGGGUUUGAGCCCACCAAGAACAUUAAGAUCAUCAUGGCCACGAAUCGCCUGGAUAUCCUGGAUCCGGCCUUGCUGCGCCCUGGUCGCAUCGACCGGAAGAUCGAGUUCCCGCCACCGUCGGUGGAGGCCCGUGCGGAUAUUCUCCGUAUUCACUCGCGAUCGAUGAACCUAACACGCGGUAUCAACCUGACGAAGAUUGCGGAGAAGAUGAACGGAUGUUCUGGAGCCGAGUUGAAGGGUGUGUGCACAGAGGCCGGCAUGUACGCUCUCCGCGAGCGACGGGUGCACGUCACGCAGGAAGACUUCGAUCUGGCGACCGCGAAGAUUUUGAACAAGCAUGACGACAAGGAGGUGGCUGUGUCGAAGCUCUUCAAGUAAAAGUACGGUUUUACUUUGAAUGCCAUGUGUAAUAAUAGCUUGUUUGGCUAUUUGUCAACUUGGGACUCGUUGCAUGCUUUUCCAGAAUAUACAUUGACCGAAUACCACCCGUACCCAUAUCUAUGUCUCGAGUAGACGACCUUCAAGAUGGCUAGGAUACGUACGUGAUCGGAUGACGCUUUGUGGAUUAUCUCCGGGACAAUCGUCCGAU